CUUUGAUUCCGGUGGAUGUGUGUUGGAUGAGCUACCGCGGACAGCUACGAAGAACUCGGAGUGCGAAAAAGCGCGGUGUGCGUGAGAAACGGUCGGAAGUUGGCUGGUUGGCUCCCAUGGAAACUGUGUUUAUACAAUAGAGUUUGGGGCUCUACGGUGGACAUCGCAGGUUCAGCAGGUCCGAAGAAAUUUGCGAAGAAGACGACGACGGCGGAAAACUAUUACGAACACCGUAGCGGAAGUGUCGCUGUGAUGGUCGGUCGAUGUGAUGUUGUGAUAAUUAUUGGGGUGAGCACGCUGCUGGCGUUGGCGAUGGGAGGGUCCUAGAAUUGUGCUCCGGGGGGACAAAUGUACCGCGUGUCGACGACCUACAAGGAAAUUAUCGCCGCUAUUGACGGCUAGGAAACGGAUGUGUAUUGGCGCUCUGCCAAGCUGGCUCUUUCUCUCACUUGGUGAAGCAAAAGCAGCUGCUUCUCUAUUGUGUACUGGUGUCAAGCAGUGGAAACAGAAACAGUGCUGCGGGAUUGUGACAGCUUUUAUUGUGCGACACGACAUCGACAAAGUCGCAGCCAAAGGGAGCACCUACGAAGCGCGUUGAGACAGAGAAUUCGAAGGACGUUCACAGAACAAGAAGAAAAAGAAGUGAAGCUUGAUGGUGUAUUAAAUCAUAUGCAUGAGAGCGCGCCGAGUGCCGACGACGACGACUCCCGAUUUAUGUACGUUGAUUGCUGGUGGCCCAAAUACUGCGUAAACAUGAAAUAUAUACACAUUUAUCUGGAUUUAUUUAUGCCGGGAUCUACCGUUGCUGAGCGAACAUAAAACAUGGUGGUCCCACGACGACGGUGUUGGUAGACUAAGCGAAUUUCCGCGUAAUGCAGAAGAAUUAAACCCUGGGCCCAAGGUGGCAUGGCAAGGUGGAAUAUGGCUGCCACGGAGAUAGAUUGAAAAUCCUUGUAAUACGCUGCCGUAGAAGAGAAGAACUGUGUGAGCUCUGCAAAAGUGAAAAGUGUUGUUUAUUUAAGCCGGAUUUACAUAAAAAUCGAACCAUGAGAAACGCUAGAGUGGUGAUGUGCCGAAACGGGUUGGAGAGUCGGAUUGGCCAGCCCGCGUAACACUCGCGGCCAGGGAGAAGAAAGGGAAACCAAGCUAAGUCAGUUGGAGUUAGCUUUCGUGACCAUGUCGGAGAACAUCCUCGGGCACGGUUAAGUGGAAACCUCUUCCAGGCGUGGUGCUUCGUGGCAAUCAGUAGUGAAUCGAAUAAAUUGUUUUCCCAGCUUCCGACGGCGGUGCAGGACGGUGAACGGCCAAGCCAAUCGAACUGUUCGACGACGAGUUGUAGGACAAGAGGGCUUUCGGUUGAAGUCGACGCCAAACAGCAAAACUAACACAGCAGGAAGAAGAAGUCAAUAUCAACUGCCGGGGAAGCUUGAACAGCAAGCAGAAGCGGCCAACAAUGGAGGUUGUUUACAUGCAAAUUACAAUGGUGCUCAUACUGAUAGUGAAAUGUUUGCACGGAUCCCUGUCCGCCACGUUACAAGAAGCGAGUCCCCAGCAACCGCCGGCCGAUCCGGAGCCCGAGUUCGAGGGCACCAUCCAGAACGUAACGUUCCCCGCCGGACGGGAGGCCGUGCUAACGUGUUCCGUCAAGAACCUGGGCCGGUACAAGGUGGGCUGGUUGCGCGCCUCGGACCAAACCGUGCUGGCCCUGCAGGGUCGAGUCGUCACGCACAACAUCCGGAUCAGCGUGGUGCACGAGGACAUGCGCACGUGGCGGCUGCGGAUACGACAGUUGCGCGAGUCCGACCGGGGCUGCUACAUGUGCCAGAUCAAUGCCAGCCCGAUGAAGAAGCAGAUCGGGUGCAUCGAUGUGCAAGUCCCCCCGGACAUAAUCAACGAGGAGUCGUCGGCAGAUAUCGCCGUGCAGGAGGGUGAGGACGCGACGAUCGUGUGCAAGGCGGUGGGCCAUCCCACGCCCCGUGUCACCUGGAAGCGCGAGGACGGCGAAUAUAUGCUGCUGCGGAAGCCCCAGAGCCGGGAGCUGAUUAGAGUUGACUCCUUCAACGGCACCCACCUGCAUCUGCCCAAGCUGGAACGGAGACAGAUGGGGGCGUAUCUGUGCAUAGCGUCGAACGAUGUUCCGCCGGCAGUCAGCAAACGGGUUUCCCUAAGUGUGCACUUUGCGCCCUCGGUACGUCCGACGAGCCAACUUCUGGGCGCCCCGCUCGGGUCGGACGUGCAGCUCGAGUGCACCGUCGAGUCGUCCCCGAUGCCGGUGUCCUAUUGGCUGAAAGGGGGCCGCGUACUGCCCCCCAACUUUGCCGGCAUCACCAACGGCGUCUACGAGCAGGGCCAGAUGAGGCCGGAAAUGCUCCUCGAUGGGCCCAAGUACGGCAUCACCGAGGAGCGGCACGGCUUCCGGACGAACAUGCGGCUGGUGGUGCGAUUUUUUUCGCCAAACGACGUCGGUACCUACCACUGCGUCAGUACCAACUCCCUGGGGAAGGCCGACGGAACGAUGAGACUGUACGAAAUAAAAAUUCAUCCGGGUGGAGUGCAAACAAGCGACGAUCAAUUAAAUAUAAUUGGAGGUCUUGCGGAGGCCGCCCGAGGUCGGGGCAACUCGAGUGCCAAUUCAUUAGUGUCCGGUCGCCGGCCUUGGCUGUCGGUGCUGCUCGUACUGCUGGCCUCCUCGAUAUUGGCAACACUGGGCUCGGCCAACAGAUGACAGCACCACCACCGGCACCCAAACAGGACGACGACGACGACGACGACGAGGAUGGUGUUAGCAUAAGUCAGCGCCACUGUCGGGGCAGUAAAUGGUACGGCACAAAUGGUGUGAGUGUGUGUACUUGUGAAGGUGUGCAUGGGUGCGUGUGCGCAAUCGGCCAAAUUAAGGUGAGAAAUCGAGUGUGAGUAUGAUCGAGAGUGUGAAAAUCACAGCUGAGCUACUUUUGCUACAAUAAUGGCGAAGAGAAAAGAAAGAAAAACUGAAUUUAAGAUAAUAACAAUACAUGAUAGCUAAUUGAUAACGGAAGAAAAAUCCAAAACACAAAACCAAACUAUUGAAUCCAUUCUCCUUCUCUGUGCGUAAAUCAAAGUGAAACGAAAAGCUGCUUGUAGAAUGUUACACAAACAAAAACCAAAAGAAAAACGAAUCGAUUGUAAUCCGCAAGAUCGAAUGUAAAUUUUAACGACUAAACAUAGAUACUGCUUAUACCAUACACACACACACACACGCACGCGUGCUGACAAAAGAAGACAGGUUAAGAAACAAAAGAAACUGAAAAGCUUAUAAGCCCAUCUAUCAAGAAACGAAUCGCAAACACUCAAACUCACAGACACAUCAACGAAAAAUAAAAGCUCUCAAAAGGCGGAAAAAAGUUAAGUAAAAAUCAUCAUGCAUAAUCAGCUGGAAAUUGUAGACUGAAAAUUAAGUACUGGGGAAGGGAGAAGAGGAGAAAGUCAAACAAGAGGAUUUUAAAGGAUUAUAAAAUUGCCAACCAGAGAGCGCCAUCACACGGCUGCUGCUGCUGCUGCUGGGCGAGGUGGUGUGAGUGCCACGGCAAAGCUUUGACGUCUCUUUCGCGCGUACACAUGCUCCCAUAAAGCUUUCAGAAGCGCCAUAGUUACAGUUCGGCGCCAUAGAUGAGAGAGGGAAAUUUUUAAAGCUUUAUAAUGGUGUUGAAUGAUGAAAGUCUGAAUCAACUUUGAUUAUAAUGCAUCCAUCAAAAUGCAAUAAAGUUUGUUAUUGCAAGACCCGGAUAAGCGCACUGGGCGAGAGGGGCGGGGAAGACGAAGGGGUCGUGCAAAUAGAUGGUGGUGCUGCCAGGGAGGUUCUUGAGCGGAGAAUUGAAAUUUAAUAAUUAGUUAAUUUAUUUAAUAAUUCAUAAACACAAAUUGGAACUCAUCAAAAGCAAUUAUAUUUCCAAACUAAUUUUUAGAGAAAUAAAAAUGUAUGUGUUUGAAGAUUUGAACAAGUCAACGUUGUCAUGCAAUCUUGCCGCACGUCGCUUUUUGACAUUCUGAGAGAAAACGCGUUUUAUUGUUUGACCAUGAAUAAACAAAAAAAAACAAGAGCAAGCAAUGUAAACAAUGACAAACACGUUUUUUUAGGCUGACCAUUCUGAGCAUUGUCCCGAAGUCUAGUUGAAUUAAGAUGCCAGAACAGUAGUCGGGCAUGUACGUGUGUCAAACGCCAAACGCCGUGUGUCGAUCAUUUUUCUUUUCUUGUCAAGAUAUCUCCGAAAAUUACGUUCUUAAUCAAAACCCAAUCACUUUUUUUGGGAUCAACAAAAGUGAUCAUUAGGGUGACAGGAAAAAUUGAAAUUUUGAGAUAGGGUGUUUUAACCAUUAGUGGACCCCCUAGUAGAGCCGAAGCACAUUUUCCAAAAAUUUUCAAUAUGUUCAGCACUUUUUCAUAGCUCUUUGUACAAAACAA